UCCGGGAUUGCCGGGGUGCUUGCUAGAUCCCACACAUCGAUCUGCCUAGCUUCUGGUUGCAACUGUCGACUUGAAUGUUGACGUUACUGUCUAUCGGUCUUGUAGCGCUAGUCGUCAGCAGCUAUGGAGUGACGGCUAACCUAUGCGCUGGUAAGUGUCGCUUCUAUCAAGUUUGCAACGAUGUUGGCGAAUGUGUGUGUCCUCCUCAAUGCGAUCGAGAUAGCGUGGCCCUUCUUUGCACCAACAGAAAUCAGACAUUCGAGAACGAAUGCGAAUUCCACAGAUACGUGUGCAAGGUGCUAAGAACUCGCCCGAAAGCGAGGAUCCCUCACAUCGACUACAAGGGAGCGUGUCAGUCGGAGCAUCCGUGUACAACAGACAAGUUUGAACAAUUUCCUUCCAGGUUGACGGAAUGGAUGGAGAUCAUCCACAACAGGGAGCUAUCGCUGACAGGAGAAUUCGAGAGAGUCGUGAUUGCAGACGAAUGCGAGCGAUGGAACUUUGCCAAGGAGAGCCUCGAGAGCAAGUUUAUGGAACUGGAUGAUGAUGCUGAUGGAUUGUUGAAUACAUCUGAAAUCCAUGAACUCCGCAAGUCUCUAACUGAGGUUGAAGCAUGCACUCGAAGGUUCUUCCACAACUGUGGUAACAAGACGGGUAGAGUGACACUCGAUCAGUGGAAGAGAUGCUUGAAGCUGCCACUGGAGCCACAAUGCGCAACUGCUCCUGCUGCUACUCCUACAGAGUCCAAAGACACGGUUGUUGAUGUAGAGACCGAUUCGGAUACAGACAAGAGUGUUGGUGGAAUUAAGGAAGUUGAAGAUGCGCUGUUGAAAUUGCUGGAUGAGAAUGAGUAGAAAGCAAUGAACUGAGGAAUUUAAACAAGGCUUCAAAUCGACAGUAGCACUAAGUUGUUUGCGCAUGCUCUUUUGUUGUCUUGUAUGUGUUGUUAUUUUUGUUGCACUGCUUAGCGUGCGCUAGUCUCAUGUAUGCAUGCAUUUUCAGACAUGCUGUAAAAAGUGUUGUCACCCGGAAGUGGUAUUUCCUGUAGACCGUCAAUGAUGUUGGCAUCAGAAGGACAAGCAAUAACAAAGAUAGUCAAACGAGUAA